UAAGGGAAUCUAAAUUAAAAUCAGAAAUGAGAUGAAUUGAAGAUGCAUGCAUAAUGCAUUAAGGAACAUGCAUACGUGUAUUGGGGAUUCACAUCCCACCAAGUGAGUCUACUUUUCUCGUGUAUAAGAAGGCUCAUUUCUACAUUUGGUGCUCCUCAUCCCCUGCUUACUUGUCUUGUCUUCUCUCUUACUUACUACAAGCUACUAUAAGAGAGAAACCAGUUAAUUAGAGCUUAAGAAUACAUACCUAUAUUGAGGAAGUAAAGAGAGGGUUUUAUAAUUUGGCAAUAUUACAAAAUGGGAAUCAAGUCAAUCGCCGCAAGUAUUACAAAGAUCAAGGCAUACUUGGCUAUAAUUUCACUCCAAUUUGGGUAUUCUGGGAUGUACAUAGUAACAGCGGUUUGUUUGAAACAUGGGAUGAACCAUUUCAUCCUCUCUGUCUACCGUCAUGUUUUUGCCACCCUUGCCAUUGCUCCUUUUGCCCUUAUUUUUGAAAGGAAAACUAGGCCCAAGAUGACCCUCUCAAUCUUUCUCAAGAUUAUGUUGCUGGCUUUUCUCGAGCCUGUGCUAGAUCAAAAUCUAUACUAUGUGGGAUUGAAAGAUACAUCGGCAACACUUACAUCAGCCAGUGUCAACAUCCUCCCAGCAAUUACCUUCAUCAUGGCAACAAUUUUCAGGCUGGAGAAGGUUGACAUAAGGAAGUUACCAAGCCAAGCCAAGAUCAUAGGAACCAUAGUGACUGUAUCAGGGGCAAUGGUAAUGACCCUUUACAGAGGACCAAUCAUCAAUCUUUUUGGAAGACACGGAAUUGACCACCUUCACUCCGCCACUGCUGUUGCUGCUGCUACUCCAUCAACUCAACAUUGGAUUAUUGGCACCAUAUGCGUCCUUAGCAGCUGCUUGGGAUGGGCCGCUUUCUUCAUCCUCCAAUCAUUUACUCUGAAGGAGUACCCGUCACAACUAUCUUUGACAGCAUGGAUAUGCUUCAUGGGAUCAUUAGAAGGAGCAGUCGUAUCACUUGUCAUGGUAAGGGACAUGAAAGCUUGGGCACUUGGCUGGGACUCCAGACUUCUUGCCUCUGUUUACACGGGAGUGAUAUGCUCAGGGAUUGCUUAUUAUGUGCAAGGAGUUGUUAACAAGGAAAGAGGACCCGUUUUUGUGACGGUUUUCAGUCCUCUUUGCAUGAUCAUCACCGCUGCUUUAGGAUCCAUUAUAUUGCAUGAGAUACUUCAUUUAGGCAGCAUCAUAGGAGCUUUGGUCAUAGUCAUAGGCCUGUACACGGUGGUAUGGGGGAAAAGCAAGGAUAUCCGAACACCUGAUGAGAAAGGCAAGACGCUACCCGAAUUGCCUAUUGUCAUCGACACUGCCACCACCACCGCCACCAAAUCUAUUGACAUUACUACCCUUACUUCGGACGAUCAAACCAAUCAUUCUGAAAUCCCGACGACCAAGAAGAUCUCCUCAUCACAAGAGGUCGCGUAACUAACACCAUCUCUGAUGGAGCCCCCCUAAAAUUAUUAAACAGGAAACAAAAAAUGGAUGUUUGUUGGUUAAUAUGUAUAAUUUGAAUAGCAAUUAAUCUAAAUUUUUGAGAUAAAAGGGGACUAUCAUUGAUUAGCUUACCAUAUAUUGUUGGAUUGAAAGAAUAUUAAUCCUUUUUCUUUUAUU